AUGGCAAACCAGCAGUUAGACUAUAAGUUUCUCCCGACUUCACGUGGUGGACGUUAUCUAGUUGUUGAAGGCUUUGUGUUUCGAUUGAAUCGAAGACGCAACGAUGCUUCAUGGGCAUCUUGGAGAUGCCAGGAGAAGACAUGUGCUGCGACUGUCUCUACUGUGAACGACAUCAUCACCAAGCAUCCCAGCCCACAUAACCAUGGACCUGUCCAUAAUGAGAUAAAGGUCAGAGAGACACUGGACAGGAUGAAGAUGGUGGCCAAGUCAUCUCUGGGUCCGAUACCGACGCUGUACAACGAGGUUCUGGCCUCAGUGAGCGAUGGUCCUUGGACGGAAGAGAACAGGUCGCUGCUGGGAGGAAACCGCCACCAAAAAGGAGGAAGUACAUCCAUGUCAACUCAAGACUAG